AUGAGAAAGGACCUCACGCUACUGGAGAUUGACAGUGAAACAGAGAUGUCUGUGCAGGACCCUGUGUCAGAGUGGGUGGCUGCACCAGAAGAAGGCUGUGACUCUGUGGGAAAACCUGCAAUGGAGCAGUCUGAUGGGAUAUUGUCUGAUUUGGUGGGUUUACUUUCUCAAUGCAUGACAAACAAGAAACCAGCUCAGGCAUCUAUUACGAAGGUGAAGCAGUUUGAAGGCUCUACGUCUUUUGUCAGGAGAACGCAGUGGAUGCUCGAGCAGCUUCGCCAGGUCAAUGGUAUAGACCCUAAUCGGGAUUCCCCAGAAUUUGAUUUACUAUUUGAAAAUGCUUUUGACCAAUGGGUAGCAAACACCGCUUCAGAAAAAUGCACAUUCUUUCAGGUUCUACAUCACACUUGUCAACGAUACCUUACAGACAAGAAGCCAGAAUUUAUCAACUGCCAAUCCAAAAUUAUGGGAGGUAAGUCAAUCACAGCUGGAGUACCUUGUGCGGUUGGACAUGAAAUGAUUUGCAC